CAAGGGGCUCGCGCCCCGCUCGACACCGCCAGACCCCGAUGAGCCUGCUGAUGGACAGCAAAAGGGACGACGCAUUGCUGCGUACCGCUUUGCUGCUCCUGCUCGCCAUCGUCGUGCUGUUUCUCGCAGUGCGGUUCCACGCAGUGUCUCGCAGUGGUGGCCAACAGCAGCAGUCCUUUGCUCGCAUGGAGGAGGAGUCUGACGCCGCAGCUGCGGGUGCACGGGCGCAUGAUCGCGAUCGCGUCGGCGGGCCAGACAUCGAGGCGACGGCAGCCGACGGCGCUGUCCCAUUCGGUGCCGUUGCGCGUGCCCGCCCGCCGCGCGUGGGCACCGAGAGGAGCGAGGCGGCGGACGAGCUGCGCAAUCUGGCGCGCGAGAAGUCUCCCAUGCACGCGCGUCGGCAGAGGUUCGGCCGCAUACCGUCCAAACGGUCCGUGUCGAAGGAGCUGUCGAGCUACUGCGCCAUGUGCAGCGCCUCGCAGGAGGGCCUCGCCUCUGCCGCGGCGCACGGCGCCGCUCCACCAGCCGCGGCCGAGGAGGCGGCCGAUGCGAGCGAGCCGAGGAGCGACCUUGCGAGCGGCAGCAGCAGUGUGCAGGGCAGCGUGCCGCUUCCGUCCCCGGUGAGUAUGCCGCCCAGCCUGAGUGACACCUUCAAGGACCCGCGGAGAGGGGCGAGCGGCCACGGGGCGAGCGCUGCGGAAGGGCAGGCGCCAGGGGGGGCAGCUGCCCCUCAAGGGGGGCGAGUGGGCAUAGCAGGUGGCGCCUCGUCUCCCCCGCGCCUCGCCCCGUCUCCCCCGUGACUCGCCCCGUCUCGCCCGCCACAUUCCCCUCAAUGCCCACACACUCCGCACGACACUCCAGCUCACACACGUCUCCCCCCCCCCC